AUGACUGAUUGUGGUUUGAUUUUUGUGAUUUCAGAAAAUUUUGGUUUUAACUUCCACGUUAUUUAUUUACAGAAAAUAUCAAGGCAAAUACACAAAAGGCUUUUUCGACUGAAAACAUUGAAAUUAUUUAAAUUUUAUUGGGUUAUUUUAUUUCAUGAUGACGUGAAGCUAAUUCAGACAGUUGCGUUCAAGUUUUUAUCGCAAGAAGUUCACAGAAAAUUUUCCGAUUUUGAAGACAGAAAAAGUGUUAAUCAAGGAAAUUCUAUUGAGAAAGGAAACAAAAUGCUUACAAUGUUGGAGAGUAAAUCAUCAAGGAAUUGGCUUCGGUUGAUUGAUGAGUAA